AUGCAGCAGUCGCUGCCGCCCUACGAGAUGCUGCCAGCGGAGGUGAGCAUGGAGGAGAUGCCCGGCAGCAAGAUGGAGAUGACCCAGGGCCCCACGGUGAUGACCCGGAGCACCACGGUGACGGUGGAGGAGCCGCCGUCGCCGCCGCCCCGGGAUCACCUGGUGUGGUCCCUCUUCACCACCCUGUACGGGAAUUUCUGCUGCCUCGGCUUCCUGGCGUUCUUCUUCUCCGUCAAGGCCAGGGACCGCAAAGUGCUGGGUGACCACAGCGGGGCCCUGAGCUACGGCUCCACGGCCAAGUGCCUCAACAUCACGGCCCUGGUGAUCAACAUCGUCAUCGUCGUCAUCGUCAUCAUCGCGGUCGCCGUGGUCCUCAGCAGAGCAGGGUACCAGCCAACCCCGUACGGGUAGAACCCUUUCUCCGGCCCCGCCUUGUCCUCUUCCUGCCCCGCGGGCUGUGCUUCGCUCCCCGAACUCCCUGCCCGCAGCGCUCCUCGCUCCCCGGAGCCUGGGAGUGCCCUGGUGUCGCCGAAAAGCGCCAGCUGACAAUCCACGUGCCUCGCCCGGAGCCUCCUGGUGUCCUGUCCCUCUUCCCUCCGCACUCGGAGCUUUUGUGGAGCCCUUGCUGACGGCUGGAGGUGUCUGGGCAUGGACACAGCUCCCCGGAGAGGAGCCGAGCAUCCCCAACCCUGCCAUAUCCUGAUUGCUGCUUUGCUCUGGGUCUGCAGCCCCAGCUGCCUCAAAAUAAUUUUGAGGAGAAGCACCAGGUUCAGAGGAAUCCCAGUUCCUGAAAUAAAAGUUUCUUUCACUUUUG